AUGGCAGGAUCCCAGGCAUCGCCUCCGUCCGAGUCCGCCCUGUUGCAGGGCUUGAUCGAAACGUCCCGCAAGGUGGAAGCCUCCCUUCUACCGGCCAUUCACGCACACCACACGACGCCGGAUCAAUUCCAUCCUUCGCAGGGCUUGGACUUUCUCGACGCUCGCAACACCGUCCUCCUCUCGUAUUUGAUCGAACGGACCUUGGCCUUGCGACACCGACUCGUCGAAUCGCCCACGAUGUACGACGGUGACAAUGUGAAUGCCCUACAUCAACACCAGCACCGACUGCGCUUGGUCACCACCGUUCUCGACAAGACGCGGGGACUCGACCAGAAACUUCGUUACCAGAUUGACAAACUCUUGGCCAAGGCGGCCCAGGAUGACACUGUUGAUCAUCCCAACGAUUCAAACAAUGACAACGCCAUGGGUCCCGAAGAUCCCUUGCAGUUUCGACCCCGCGUCGAAGACGACAGUGACGACAGCAACAGGGACAGUCCUGACGACGGUAGUAUUCACAGCGAUAACGACAACCACAAUGUCGACGACCGUAUCCACAGUGACGACGAUGACGAUUUGGCGGCGGCGCGAAGAACCCUUGCCGUGGCUCAAACCAAGAGUCACAAAAAUUCUCGUACCACCGACCCCGACCAAACGAGCAACAACAACAACGAUAGCACAGGCACAGGCGUCUAUCAGGCACCGCGCGUCGCCGCGGUCCCUUACACGCACGACCGCGUUGACCGGGACGCACAGCGUACCCAGCGGGAUCGCCAGCGUCAACGCGCUUCCGAAUUGGCCCAGACACUCCGCGAACAAUACGGCGACGCCCCGGAACAGCAGGACGUGCACGGCGGUACGGAACUCGGCCGACAGCGCGAGGCGGCGCGGAGACACGCCUCCCGACAAGCCGAACAAACACGCUUCGAAGAAGAUACCAUGGUGCGACUCACCACCACACGUAAACAAAAGAAGGAGCGACAGCGACUCAUGCGCGACGAAACCAGUAACCUGGGGGCUAUUGCCGAUCUCGGGAAUCUCGUGCGCGACUCGACUUCGGCGUGGGGACGCGACCGAAAUGUGGAAGAGCCCGUGGACGAUAUUCUCGGAUACGAACGACACGCGAACGGCAAACGGAGACGAAAAAUGAUUGACCGCGACGGGCGGGCCGUGACCGAUCAGUCCGCCAAAAGCAAGAUCGUGGACGCCAAGAACUCGCUCCAGUCGGCGUUGUACGGUGGUGGACCCCGGACCGGGAAGAAGGGAAAGAAGGGCAAGCGCUAGAAAGGUCGUGGUGGAUGGGCGCUGUGCCGGGUGCCACCAACCACCAUGACAUGAACCUCUACCACCAAACCGUAGUGAUCAUUACAACCAUCACUACACUAUCUAGCAAGCCCACGCGUACGAAUAAAUACGCACUCCUUACUACGAAUAAAGCCAAU